GGACAAGGAGACGGGAAUUAAGGAUGACAAUUGAAUUUCCAGGAGCCCCCCAGGUGGGAAGGGAAGAGUGCUGGGAGGUGCUGCUCGUGAGCAGCAGCCGCCAUCCCGACCGAUGGAUUGUCCCUGGUGGCGGCAUGGAGCCUGAGGAGGAGCCAAGUGUGGCAGCGGUCCGGGAAGUCUGUGAGGAGGCUGGAGUAAAAGGGACACUGGGAAGGUUGGUUGGAAUUUUUGAGAACCAGGAGAGGAAGCACAGGACAUACGUGUACGUGCUUAUUGUCACAGAAGUGCUGGAAGACUGGGAAGACUCCGUGAACAUUGGAAGGAAGAGAGAGUGGUUUAAAAUAGAAGAUGCCAUAAAAGUGCUGCAGUGUCACAAGCCCGUGCAGGCGUCCUACUUUGAGACGUUGAGGCAAGGCUACUCUGCCAACAAUGGCACCCCUGUCGUGGCCGCCUCGUACCCCAGCUCUGUGUCAGGCAUCAGAUGACUGCAGACUCCUGUGAGAGCCGGAGUGGAAACCAGACUGAAGCGUGGCUCUCCUCACGGCUCCCUCACCCUCCUUGCAGCCUCCUCUUUCACCCAGGCAUGGUGGGCAUCAGAAGGGGACACUGAGGGGCUGCUGGGUGUGGGGUGAUGUGCGUGGGGUGUGGGGUGAUGGGAACUCUUUCUCUGUGUCCUGAGGGUGGGCCUGGGAUGUAACCUUCCUGCAUGCUCCGCUCCUCCCUCCCUCCCCUGCCCUCUGAGAGAGGGAACCCCUUCUCCCUCCCCUCUUGGGUUCUGAAGCGUUCCCAUUUGCCUCAUCCAGCCUGGCCAGGUAUUUUCUCUAAUUUUUUUUUCCAUUAAAAGACGCCCAUGUGAGAUGAAACUUUGUAGGAAUCUGUCCUGUGAUGUGCUGUUGAGCCCCAUGGGGUGGCCUUGUUCCCUUCACGAUGCAUUUGUCUACACAUGGUACAUGACAUGAUAUGUAAAUGAGUGAUUUAGAAAGAGCAUCUUGACUGUUUAGUUUUUCAGAGUUUUGCUAUUUGUUUUUAUUUUAUUUUUUAUUCCAGGUAUUUCUAGUUUAAGGCCCCUCAUACUUUACAUGUUUGUUCCAAUGCUAGUGACUGGGCAGGUUUCCCUGUCCUCUAUUCCCCAGCCAUGGUAAGCUUAGCCAUCUUCCUCAUGUCCCUGGGACCCUGGCCUUCUCAAAGGCUGUUUCCAUGCCAAGGAACCUGUUUUCUUCUCUGUUACUAAGCCUGGAGCAAAUGGCCUCAGCCAGAGCCAAAGAAACAGUACUAGAAAUUGAAUUCUGCCCUCCAAUGUAUUCACAGUAGGCUUUAAACUAGAUACCUUCCCUGUCUCAGAAACUGGACCAUCAAGCACCAUGUCUGUCCUGCUGGCUGGGAAUUUUUUCCAUAACGCUAUUCUUUGCUGACAUGGCCUCUCUCACCCUUGUAUGCCUUACACCACGCUGACCUGGAUAUGGCCCGAUGCUUUGAAGCCCCCGUGCUGAGAGCCCCCACCCCCACUGAGGUCCUGAGCAGGACACACGGAAAGUUCCUGUGUCUCUGAGGUUGGAGCAUGUGUGAAGGGUUGCACCAAGAGCAUGCUCAGAACACUAGCGUGCUCUUUCCCCCAUUCCUCCCCCACCCCCGUGAAAGGCCAUCUGUAGGAGGGGAGCACUUGUGACCCUCUGACUUGCUGCAGGCUCCUGUUGGUGUUUUGUGCUGCACUCAUCUGCCAGUUGUGGUGUUUAGUUGGGAAGUAAAGGUCUUGGAUGGGACCUUGAGCAAGGAGGGCGGGAGGGAGCUGAUGCCUGGUUCAGUGUGGGGCUCGGGGCUCUGUGGCAUUGCCUGUGUUGAAAUGUAGCCAAGAUGUGAAAUUAAAAUAGUACUUCUCUUUAUUUAAAAACUAAUAAAUACUCAAACUUUGAAAA